AUACCAGGGCAGAUCAGAGCUGGAACUGAAGGUGGCGGGAGCCGAGUGAUCCGGCGGUGAGCUGAGCGGGGCGGGAUGGCGGCGGAGCAGGGGCGGUCGCUGGCGGAGACGCCCACCUGGUCCGUGGCAACCGUCACCACGCUCAUGGUCGCUGUCUGCUUCCUCGUCGAGCGCUCCCUCUCGCCCUUCGCCAAGUGGCUGCGCAAGACCAAGCGGAAGGCCAUGCUCGCCGCGCUCGAGAAGAUCCGCGAAGAGCUGAUGCUGCUCGGAGUCAUCUCGCUGCUGCUCAGCCAGACGACGCGCUUCAUAUCGGAGAUCUGCGUGCCGUCCUCGCUCUUCACCAGCCGCUUCUACAUCUGCUUCGAGAGCGACUACCAGGACCUGCUGCGCAACACGGAUGCCAACCAGACGGCGCUCGAUAGGAACAUGUUCGGUGGCCAGCGGCUGCAUGUCUGUGGCGAGGGCCAUGAACCUUUUGUUUUGUACGAGGGCCUUGAGCAGCUGCACCGGUUUCUCUUCAUCCUUGGUAUCACUCAUGUGUUGUACAGUUUUGUAAUAGUGGUUCUGUCCAUGAUCAAGAUCUAUAGCUGGAGGAAGUGGGAAACCUUAGCAGGUCCAAUUGCUGCUGAGGAAUUGAAAGCUAGGAGAACCAAGGUGAUGAGAAGGCAGUCAACCUUUGUUUUUAACAAUGCUUCUCAUCCAUGGAGCAAAAAUAAAAUACUUAUUUGGAUGCUUUGCUUUUUGCGUCAAUUCAAGGGCUCCAUAAUAAGGUCAGACUAUUUGGCACUGAGGUUGGGCUUUGUCACAUAUCACAAGCUACCACAUUCAUAUGACUUCCAUAAAUACAUGGUACGGAGCAUGGAAGAUGAUUACAAUGGGACAAUUGGUAUCAGGUAUCUCUACUACUUAUUAAGGCUGUAA